AUGGCAGGCAGUGCGACUGAGCGGUUUCGGCCAGCGCCGCUCAACACGUCAGCGACUCGUGGACUGGGUGGAACGAGUGGUUAUGGCGGAUACUAUCAGGAUUCGGCGUCAGCCUUCCCCGGAACGGGCCUCUCCCAGGCCGCUAUGCCAUACCAAUCAGCGGAUUACAGUCAUGAUACGCGACAGCAGCAGACGUUCGGAGCUUAUAACCCCAAUAUGAUGUAUCCAGUCAGCCAGACGGGCGCCCAGAAUCCCUACGACACGUCCCAGCAAUUCCAAGGUCGCCAGGGCGGAGCCAUGUCGAUGAUGCCCAGCGAAGUGCCCCAGUACUUCCAGUCCGAUACUGGUUCGGGAGCCACAGCGUCCGCUCUACCAGCUGCCCAGUCCUCUAGUGCGUACCAGCAACAACAGCAAAUGCCAACUUUCUCGGGUGCAGUGCCUUCCGUUGGAGCGGGAUUAGGGAGCUCCCAGGCUACGACAGCAGGUGUAGGCGUUGAGGAAUCCGACUAUGCAACAGCAGGACCAGGAAUGGAAGAGCGGUGGGCCGACUACCAAACCCGACUGGCAACCGUAUUUCAGGAUAUUCGGAGUGGAUCCUUGAAAAGGGCAAGUGAGACACUUUUGGGAGUCUCUAAUUGGCUGUUGACACAAGUUGUGGAUUUGGGCCUCAAUGUCGACGACCGAACCCUCCAUGCAGAUCGGCUCAAACUAUGGAACAACUUCAACCAUGCAUGGCUGGGGCUGUUCCAGAAGCAGAAAGACAUGACGGAGUCGGAACAAAAACCUCGGGGAGCCGACAGCCUACUAUCCAAGGACGAUUUGGAAAAGAUGGGAAAAGAACUCGUCAGGCUUUGCGACGGCAUUGAGAGGCAUGGGCUCGUGGACUACCAGUAUGGGGUUUGGGAGGAGCAAAUCAUUACGGUGCUCACCGAAUGCCUCGAUCUUUGCGAAUCUGGAGAUGAGGCUGGUCCGAGCGGCGGGUCAUAA